AUGUCGGUCGCCAUACCCCCUCGUCCACCAAUCAAAAGCACUGAGGUCUUCAAGAAAGAUAUUUUCGAGGGGAAAGUUUUGUUUUGCACUGGAGGUCCUUCUGGGAUAUGCAAGGCCAUGACUAAGUCUAUUAUGUCGCAUGGCGCCGACGCCAUUAUCAUCGGCCGAAAGGUCGAUAAGGGCGAAGCUGCUGCCAAGGAACUUAGUAAUGCGACAGGCCAGAGAUGCGUUUUUGCACAAGCAGAUGUUCGUGAGCCUGAACAGCUGAAGGCAGCUGCCAAAAAGUGUAUCGACACCUUUGGGAAAAUCGACUUUGUGAUAUGUGGGGCCGCCGGGAACUUUCUGGCGCCGAUCUCUGGUCUUUCCGAGAAUGCAUUCGCUACUGUCGUUAGGAUUGACACGCUAGGGACGUUUAAUACGAUCAAAGCCACCCUUCCCCAUGUCCGAAGAACCCGUGGUUCGUAUAUUCAUGUUAGCGCUACUCUUCAUUACUAUGGUACCCCCUACCAAGCCCACGUUUCAGCGGCGAAGGCUGGUGUCGAUGCCUUGUCGAAUGUCCUCGCCGUAGAGGAGGGUCCUCGUGGCGUCCGGUCAAAUGUAAUUGCUCCGGGCCCAAUUCUGGGAACAGAGGGAAUGGACCGUCUCACACCAGUGGGCAAGAAGGAUGCUAUCACUCGCUCUGUACCGCUUCAGCGCCAGGGUGGCUUAGAUGAUGUCCCGAAUACAGCAGUGUUCUUAUUCUCGGAAGCUGCCAAUUGGGUGACUGGACAAAUCAUCGCCGUGGAUGGAGGUGCAAUGCACACCAAUAAGGGAUCCCUUCCUUAUCCAGACAGCGUUCUUGACCCCGAAGGGGCUACUAAAUCUAUUCGAGCGAAGAUGUAA